AGAAAAAAAAACACAUGAUGUAAAAAAUGACCAGCCUCCUCUGACAUACAUUUAAGAGCCCUGCUGGUGGUGCACUUCAGUGUUUCUCCAGUGUUUGUUGUCCGGCUCUGUCGCAGCAAAGCCAAGAUGUUUUUCGACUUGUUUUCAGCAACAACAUGGACUUUACUGGCUCUCUUUUUCGCCCUGUUUUUCCUGUAUGGAAUUUGGCCAUACAGGUUUUUCUCAAAGCUGGGGAUUGAAGGACCAAGACCUCUGCCAUUUAUUGGAACAAUGCACCACGUUGCAAAGGGAUUUCUUGGAUUUGACCGCGACUGCCAGGCCAAGUAUGGAGACGUCUGGGGGUUGUAUGAAGGACGGACGCCGUUGUUAAUGGUGGCAGACCUUGAGAUUAUUAAAAGUGUGAUGGUGAAGGAAUGCUACACCGCCUUCACCAACCGCAGGGACAGUCCUUUAAUGAACGGGCCGAUGGAUGACGCAGUUACAGUAGUGAAAGACGAAAGGUGGAAACGACUUCGGAGCACAAUAUCGCCAUGCUUCACCAGUGGAAGACUCAAACAGGCUUAUCCUCUUGUAGCUCGCUAUGCAGACCGACUUGUUGAAAAACUUGGACGCACAAAUUUGGAUGAGGCCGUCGAUGUCAAAAAACUUAUGGCUCCUUACAGCUUAGACGUGGUGACCAGUGCAUCUUUCAGUGUGGAGACAGACUCCAUCAACAACCCAGACGACCCCGUCAAUGUUCAUAUGCAGAAGAAUCUAAACUUCAAAUUAUGGCCCUUUUUUUUUCUAAUGGUGUUUCCGUUUGCUGCUCGUCUGCUGGAUCUUCUAAAGGUUGAGAUAAUGCCCAAAGCCAGUGUAGAUUUUUUCUACAACCUCAUCAAGAAGUUCAAAGAUGAGCAUAAGACAGAUGAAUCUGUAAGCACACUUUUCUCUUUUUUGCAAGAAAUAAAAGAGAAGAUUGAUACCACUGUUCUAUCCCUGUGUGGAAUGUAAAGCUGGGGACGCAGCUUUGAGAAAACUAAAUUGGACAUCCAAGCGCACGGCUUGAUCAGAAAUGGUGUGAUAUGACUUUGAUAGCGAUUCAUUGUACGCUUUAUUUUUUUUUUUACAAAUAUACGUCCCAACUUCUAGCGUUUUUUUUUCUCUCUUUCAAA